AUGGGGGAAGCAGCUUCCAGGCCUGGGGACUAUCAUGAGCCACAGCUCCCGAAGCAUGUCUUCGAGGUCAGGUUGUCGAUCUACACCUUUGACUUAACAGGUGUCAGCCUGCUGAACUCCCUGAGCUCCAAUGUCACAGGUGCUUACCACAGCGGUUUGGUGGUGGCAGGCGAGGAAUGGUCCUUUGGUGGCCACGAUGAGACUGGACAGUCUGGAGUCUACAACUGCACGCCUGAGAUGAACCCAGAAUAUCAGUUCUAUGACCGCAUCGUCAUGGGUCGUGUACGAGGAUCCCUGCAACAGGUCCAAGACGUUAUUUUCCAACUGGGCCGAGCUGACGAGUGGACUGGGCCGCGGUACCAGCUCUUCGAGAACAACUGCAACCACUUUUGCUCCGACUUGUGCUGGGCCUUGCUAAGGCGCCGGCCACCAGAUUGGAUCAACCGCACAGCGGAGAAGUGCGCCAGGCAGAAUCGCUUGAAGCACAGCAAGGAACAGGUCAUCCGCUUGGCCUUGGCGAGCUACAAAGCGCGCCUGGGAGUUGCACAGACGGAGCCUGACUCAGAUGCUGCUGGGGCCAUUGCAUUCAAGGACACCUAUGAAUCCACCUUUGACGCUGCCAUGGUCCACCACGAGAAACUCUUCAAGCUUCCGGAGGAGUAUGCUGACCUCGAGGCCACUGCGUCUGGAGAGGUGUCGCAGCCCUUGGAUGAGCUCGUUGACCUCAAAAGACCGCCGGAGCAGCAGGACAUUGUCGCUUUGCGCAGGGACCGGGAGAAAGAAGCCCUGCAGGUGGUCCACCAAUGUGCCAAGGCAGCGGCCCAUGCAGUGGCCAGUGCCUCUCGUCGUGCCUCCACCGAGCGGGCCAAGCUGUCCGAGGACAAGAAAGAACUUUGGGACCAAGCAUGGGCCCAUGCGAGCGUUCCUUUGCUGAUCCAAUGGCGAGAGGAAGCUGUGCACGGGAACUUGUUAGUGGACUUCUCAGAGGCGGCUGCGCCGCAGUCAUCUGUCGGGCUCGCUCAGCGGAAGCGGGAGAUGCAGGUGGAGGGCUGCCGCCUCUUCCUCAACUUGGUCAGCCAUGUCCUGGGUGGAGCACAAGCCCGAGAGUCAGUGCGUACUGAUCCCAUGGUGCUGGUUUGCACCAAGGCUCACUUUGAUGAAGCUUUCCAUCGAAUACCUGUGGCCGGAACCACCAUCGAAGCUCAGAUCCACAUCUCGUUGCAGAGCCCCAUUGCCGUGAUCGCCACCCACCCCUGGGGGCCUUUGGGCGGCAGCAUGGCGGAUCCCCACCCGCGUACGGUGUGCCACACGUUUGGCAACGCCGGCUGUAGCACCGUCAGGUUCAACUUCCGUUCGGGCAUCGGCUCUGGCAGCGGUUCCGUGGAAGACGUCAAGGCGGUGGCCCGAUGGCUGACAAGGCCGCGAGAAGAGGCCGGUGGUCGCAUCGUUGCCUCAAAGAUUCUCAUCGUGGGCUACAGCUACGGCUCCAUCAUUGGAGCCGCAGCAGCGGCGGAGAUUCCGGAAGCCUUCGGCUAUGCAAUGAUAGGUCCACCGCUUGAUUACGGCUGGGCGCUCUACAUGUUCAAUGCUGCCAACCUCCGGGCCAAGGCAGCCAGCUCUGCUGGGAAGCCAAAGCUGCUCCUGGUGGGAACCAACGACCAAUUCUGCUCGAUGCAAUCCUUUAAAGGCUUUGCCGACAGCGUGCCAGGGCCGAAGGAGAUGCAGGUGCUGAACGGCUCAGAUCAUUUCAACCUUUUCCAGUCCCUGCCACAGGCAUUGGCCGAGUGGGUUCAGCGUGCCUUCGGUGUGAACAUGCCAGACUUUGCCCGCGGCGCGUGGCUGGGACAGGCUGAGCAGCGAAACUCCACGCCCCAGGCUGCGCAGGCUGCACAGGCCAGUCCUCAGGCACCAGAACGUCCCCAAGGCAGCCCUGGUCGACGGCCCAGUGGCAGCCCUAAGAAGGAUAAAUCUCCCAGAUGA